UUAUUGCCAACGGUGUUGUCAAGAUUAUCGCGAGUGAGGACUGAGAUGAAAUUUUAUUAAUUUUUUUAAUAUCUCGCUCUAACACUGCGUGAUCUUGAUACGGCGUCAAGAUGAUGAUGGACUAUUUUGUGACGAACAAUUCCUUAGCACCCGCACCGAUGGGGAUACAAAGCACGGCGGGUGCUGUGCCCGUGAAGAAUGACAAAGGAGAAUUGUCUAUGAAGAAGGUGAAGGUACAUCGUUACGUUUCCGGUAAGCGGCCAGAUUAUGCAGCAGUAAGUUCGGAUGAGGAAUCAGAAGAUGAGGACUUCCUUGAAAGGCGCGUGCACAAGGGUUACGACGACAACGAGACCGUCGCGGACGUUGCCUCACAUUUGCACACGAAGAGUAGGGACGAGGAUGAUCCGCGUCUGCGAAGGUUGACACGGCAGCAAAAGGAGGCGUCGGCCGAGGUGCAAGCGGAAAGACACAGACACAUUCACGAGCCCGAGCUUAUCGAGAUCGAGCUAGAAAGAACGCGAGAGAGGAUCAAGUUAGAGAGUUCUGACUCGUCCGAGGAUGAGGAACUGUCGGAUUCCGAGAUAGAGAAACGACGGGAGGCCCUGAAGCAGCGAGUGCUGUCCAGGAAGGAGACGGAGGAGGAAUUGAUACAGGGCGAGGAGGAGGAAAGGUCGGGCGAGACCUCGGAGGAGAGCUCGGAAGAGGAGGAGUACACAGACUCUGAGGAGGAGACUGGACCGCGGUUAAAACCUGUGUACGUGCGCAAGAAGGACAGGAUAACGGUGAUGGAGAAGGAAAAAGAGGCAAUGCGGCAGAAGCAAGCAGAAGUCGAGGCCAAGAAAGCGGUCGAGGAACGAAAGAGGCAAACUCUGAGAAUGGUAGAAGAAACGAUACGGAAAGAGACACAGAUGGGCAAUAAAGGUAAUACCGAGCACGAGAGCAAGUUGAACGAUGUUUGCACGGACGACGAGAACGACGAAGUGGAAUACGAAGCUUGGAAGCUGCGCGAGCUUAAAAGAAUUAAACGAGAUCGCGAGGAGAGGGAGCAGCUCGAGAAGGAACGUUUGGAGAUCGAGCGUAUCCGCAAUAUGACUGAAGAGGAACGAAGGCAGGAGGCGCGACUAAACCCUAAGACAAUCACCAAUAAGGCGGCCAAAGGAAAGUACAAGUUCCUGCAGAAAUACUAUCAUCGUGGCGCAUUCUACUUGGACAAGGACGAUACUAUAUUCAAGCGUGACUUCUCUGGCGCGACUUUAGAGGACCAUUUCGACAAGACGAUUCUACCGAAAGUCAUGCAAGUAAAGAAUUUCGGACGCAGCGGCAGAACCAAAUACACUCACUUGGUGGAUCAGGACACGACGCAGUUCGAUUCACCUUGGAUAUCGGAGACCGCUCAAAAUCUCAAAUUCCACAAUAAUCAAGCGGCGGGGAUGAAGCAAGUCUUUGAGCGACCCUUCUUGAAAAAGAGGAAAACUGAAAAUUAAUAAUAUACUAAUUUUUUUCAUCUUUUAUUAAUGUAGCAAUUACAUAACGUAUUGUAACACAUCGAAAUAUUUGUAAAUACAAAUCUUUCAGUUCGACAAAUAUAUAACUUGUAUGGGAAAGACAUGCAUGAAACUAUUAUAUUGACAUACAAUUAGAACCGACUUAUCACAUUGCUGGCUUGUUCUACAAAAGUAAUCAACAUGUAUACAAAAAUCAUAUAAAUAUAAACUUUAUAUAUCAGG